AUGGGCGCCAAGUACGGGGAGACGCGCCUCGUCUCCCCGACGGCCGAGGUCGUGUGCCUCGGGCUCGCGGCCGUGCUCGGCGGCGUGGCGCUCGUCCCCGGCGUGCGCUGGGCGACGACGCAGUCCCGGUUCCGCUGCGACCUGGGCCACCUGCGCGACACGGUGGACUACGCCUACGCCGUGAGCUUCUUCGAGCACGACGUCCGACGGAUCCGGAGCGGCGGCUUCGACGGCUGGCGGCCCUGGAACGGCGACCCCUGCGGGCGCAGCGCCGUCCUCGUCGAGAGCGGCGGGCCGGGCGCGGCGACGCGGCGCGACGCCAAGGCCUGCCUCCGGGCCGAGGGGCCCUUUUUGUUCUCCGACUCGGAGUUCGACGAGGCGAGCCCGCCGCGCGCGACGUUCCACGCCGCGCGGUCCGCGUCCGUGGCGGGCGCGGGCCUGGCCGUCGUGGGUCUGUGGCUCCUCAUGCUCGGCGCGCUGUCCGCGGACCGGUCGCCGAAGAAGGCCGUCCUCAGCGGCUCCGUGGCCCCGGCGUGCGGCGCCGGGUCCUUUGCGCAGGCGGCGUCCGUCGUCCUCUUCUACUCGGCGCCGCUCGUCGCCCUCGGCGAGACCAAGGUCGGCCCGGGCCCGUUCCUCAGCGUCGCCGCGGCGACGCUCUCCCGCCUCGUCGCCGCGUCGCGGGGCGUCGGCCUCGCGCGGAACCGCGCGCCGCCGGCGCCGCCGGACGGCGACGUCGAGCUCGCGGCGCGGCCGGCGCGGCGGCCGCCGUCGCCCGCCGCCCUCGCCGACGUCGAAAUCGCCCAGCGGUCGCCGCUCGCCGCGCUCCGGCGCGCGCCGAGCAGCGACGAGGACGACGACGAGGUCAAGUCCGAGUCGUCGUCCUUGCUCGGCGAGGAGCGGCCCCUCGGCGAGCUGAUCUUCCACUACAUCGACGCGCGCGACCGGCGCUCGUCGCACCGGAGGCUCGAGGACGUCGAGGCGGCGUGGUGCGCGGGCCUGCUCGACGCGGGGUCCCUCGUGUGCGGCGAGGGCCUCGCGGACGACUGGACGCCCGUCCAGGACGUCGAGCGGCUCCGCGCGCACCUCCAGCUGCUCGAGUGGAAGCCGAAGACGAGCCCCGUGCGCAACCGCCAGUCGCUCCCCAAGGACGCCAACAGUCUCUGGGCGGUGGCGCGCGGCUGGGACGAGCACGUCGCCGAGGCCUUGGACUGGUCGUACGUGACGAUCAGUCGCCGCGACUACGGCGCGGCGGGGCACGUCGUCGACGUCGUGGAGAACGACGAGAUGCGCUACCUCGCGUCGCGCACUCUGGACAUGGGCGUCGAGCGCGCGGCGGCGCUGCCGCAGCUAAUUCGCGAGAAGGUGCGCCGCGCGACGUUCGUCUUCGACGACAGCGGCCGCUUCGAGUUCCUCGCGAAAGCGCCCUUCCCGAACCUCGAGUGCGUGGAACUCGCAUCCACGCACGCCCGCGUGCGGCCCGCGCGCCUCCACUGCCACCGCGAGCCCAUGGGCGACGCCUUCUACGCGGACGUGCUCCCCCUGCUCCGGGGCGUGUCGCGGAUCAGCGACAUGAAGUGCUACCUCACGGACUGCUUCGGCCCCGGCGAGAGAACGCCGCAGAGACACCCGGUCUGCCAGACGGACGAUGGCGUGUGCUUUGCCGUAGAGACCGCGCGGCCGUUGUUCGACACGUUCGACGGUCCGCCGCCGCUCGAGAGCGCGCAGAAGCUCAUCGAAGCGCACGACGACCUCGUGACCCUCGCGGUCUGCACCUACGAGGACCAGCGCAUCCUCCGGGAUUUUCCAGGGGGCUUCCCGAGACUCGAGACCCUUGGAUACAUGGACAGCGGGAUGAGCCACGACCUUUUCCGCCACCUCUUCUUCAAGAUCCGCACGACGAUGCCGAAGCUCAAAGCCCUCGCCGUCUCGACGGACACGGUCGACUACGAUGCCGACGGUUGGGAUGUCUUCGCCACCGUCCCAGAGACCGUCAGGGACGUCUACCUCGAGUUCGACUGCUGCCUCGACGCGCUCACGCGCGACUCGACCCGGACGGCCGACCACAUCGCAAAGUUCCUCCCGCCGACGGCGACGGUCCACGUGCUCCGCCACGACGCGCACGCGCCCAUCGUCGUCGACUGGCUCGAGCCGUCCCGGCUACGCACGGACGUCCGCCAGCGCUCGCGCGACGUGGCCCUGUACGGUCCCUGGACCGAAGAGAAGCCCUACGUCUCACGGCGCGGCCGGGGCACGUAA